CAAAAAAUGUCUACAAGAAUUAUAGUUUCGUUUCUGAUUUUGGCUGUAUGUUUACACGUGACACGUUCCUGCAAUCGAGUCAUCCUAGCUGGUGAUGGUAGGUCGACGCCCACACGUGACAUGACUCCCCCUACAAUCACGUGUCCAUCUAGUAUUCACAGGAUAGCUGAUCCGACCGCUAAAAAUAUUUCUAUAUCGUGGGAGGAAAGUUCUGUUGUUGUCAAUGACAACAGUGACGACACAAUUACAAAGACGCAAACUGGACCACCGUCAGGUCACGUGUUCAGCGAAGGCGUGACUACAAUAUCGUAUCAUGCACGAGAUAAAAGUGGCAACUUUGCUUCCUGUUCGUUUAACGUAACGGUUGAAGUUAUCCGGUGUAGCACGUGGAGUGAUCUGGUGGACGGUUCGAUGUUAUGUAACGUUGGUUACGAUAUGAGAUAUGGUACUGUGUGCGAGUUUGGCUGUUACACCGGUCACGAGCUGGUUGGACCGGCUAUGAGGGAAUGUUUAAACAAUGGGGAGUGGGAUAACUCCUCUCCGCCAUUUUGUCAGAAAAUACAGUGUCCGGUUUUGGAGCUGGCUAAAGACAUCAACGGAAUGGAGAUAGUCAACAUAUCAUGUACCAAUGAGAAUUACUUUGCUAGUAAAUGCACAUAUACAUGUAUUGAUGGAUAUGCCAUACUUCCUGGACACAACCCUACAAAACUGUGUAACGAAAAUGGUAGCUGGAUAGGUGAAACGCCGGAAUGUCUAGAUACGUCAGCCCCUGUCUAUACAGACUGUCCAUUUGCAGUAGCAGGAUAUGCUUAUCAGCUUCAAUAUUCUGGUCACGUGCACUGGGACGAUCCCACUGCGACCGACAACAGUGGACAUUCAGUUCCCGUGUUUCAAACAUCCGGACCAGUUUCCGGUUCACUGUUACAGAUAGGCCAAUACAACGUGCAAUAUAGUUCCUCCGAUACCAUGAAUAACUCUCUGGUCUGCUCGUUUCCGGUUGUUGUAAAACAGAGUUCGUGUCCAGAAUUAGAGGAAACACCGUACAUGACUGUGGUAUGUCAAGACGGUACUAUUCUAGGUGCACAGUGUGAUAUAUCAUGUCAACUAGGUACGGUUCUCAUUGGUAACCCUACAGCUGUUUGUAUACAAGAGGAUAUCACAAUACCAGUAGGAAAAUGGAACUUCCAGGAACAGCCGUACUGUGAAGCACUAGAUACAUGUCCGACAUUGAGCGUUCCGAUGAAUGGUGCGCUACAGUGUGACACCUGGGAACUAGGCAACGUUUGUCACAUGACCUGUGAUACCGGAUAUGUCGUCAUCAACGACACGGGUACUGAUUAUGACGAAGUAGAUGUGUAUGAUACCCUUAUCGUAUGUGGAGAGGCCGGUUACUGGACAAACAACGGCGAACUUCCGGGAUGUCAAGAGGAAGAUGCUCGAAAAAUGCUUGACCUCACUAUGCGUGUAGACUAUGGUAACAUUGAUAAUUGUUCAGACAUUAUUAACGAGACAUUGCUCGAGGAUCUCGUGUAUUCUUUAAAACUAGCGUUGCGACCUGAUUGUAUGUCACCGAGCUGUAAUGUUACAAAUGCACAGGUGUUGUGUAUGGACACCACUAACCACACCGCAGUUGAGUUUGACAUAAACCUUACACCAAAUAUGGACUAUUCAAAUAUUGCCACCCUCAGAAGUGAUAUAAUCAACAAAAGUUUAGAUGAUCAAAUACAAAUGGACCUGACUAUUGAUGAUGGUGCUGGUAUAACACCGGAGGGUAUAGAGGUGUCUUAUCCUAAUGUGAUCUGUGAACCUGGUAGUGGGGUUGAUACAAAAACAUCGAGAUGUGUUAAAUGUAAUGCUGGCUAUUUCUAUGACAACGUGACAAUGUUAUGUUUAAGCUGCCCCGUCGGUUACUACCAGCACACGCCCAGGCAGUCUGAAUGUAUACAAUGUCCCGAGGGUAAAACAACGGUAACAAGGGCGACAACUUUAGCCUCACAAUGCCUUGAUGGUUGUGAACCAGGCUAUUACUCACGGACUGGUACCUCGCCAUGUUCUACCUGUGUCACGGGGUCCUUUAGUAACACUACUAGUAGUACUGAAUGUACAAACUGCCCCGGGUCACAGACAACAUUUACACCAGCUUCAACUUCCGUUACCGAGUGUCAAGAUUUUGACAUCAUUUUUACGUCAACAUCGGUUGUAAGUUUAACGUCAGCGGUCGUUAGCGUUGAGUUACAGGACGUAUCCACGUUUACAUUAUCCGGUUGGCUUCAGUGUUCUACAUGUGAUGCAGUUGUCACUUUGUCGAAUGAGAAUGGUGAAUCGCUUAUGUCAUUAAAGAACAACAAUUCACUUGUUGUGGAGCUAAGCAGUGGGCAAUACGACAGUGGUAUAGACCUCUCGGAUAAUCUCGCAUGGAAGAGAAUAACGGUGACACACACGGUGGGUGACCUACGUUUGUAUCUAGGCAAUAGUGAGGUAUUACACGUUCCUCUGGACCGACCAAUCACGGACAAUGUUACUGGACCUGCUAGUCUUGAAGUUGGUGGUAUGGGAUUCGAUGGAGGUGUGUCGCAGUUACACAUGUGGUCUAGCAUACGACAUCCCAGCAGUGAUAACACAGGGACAUGUGUACCGGAAAUGAAUGGUGAUCUGGUCACGUGGAGGCAGUUUGCGCAACAUGAUGGGUCAUUCGUGGUCACCUACACAAACUGUGAUGCAAAUGAUAACUGCUCUUCAUCGCCGUGUCAAAAUGGCGGACAAUGUACAAACACACUGACAGGCUUCUUCUGCACAUGCGCGACCGGAUAUAAGGGGACCGUUUGCGAAACAGAGAUAAGUGACUGUGAAGGUCAUAUUUGUCAGAAUAAUGGCACUUGUGUAGACGGUGUUGACAUAUAUACAUGCUUGUGUACUGAAAGUUACACUGGGGAACUGUGUGAACUAUUGAUUGUUGAUGGUGGUUGGACGGGUUGGGAUAUUGCCGGAGCAUGCUCGGUUACAUGUGGUAUCGGUGUUCAGCAAAGGUCACGUGUGUGUAACAACCCGGUGCCUAGCAACGGUGGAAUGAAUUGUACUGGAGACAGUGACGAUUUGGUAACUUGUGAUACAGACACAGUUUGUGUUAAUGAUUGUGCUGUGAACCCGACAAGAGUUGAUUAUGGCAACAUGGACUGUGUCUGGGCAGACGAUAGAAAUACAACACGUGAAUGUACGCCAGUGUGUCACGAGGGUUAUGCAUUUGAUAACAAUAUUUACCUUCAGCUAUUCUGUGGCCCUGACACCGGAUAUACGUGGAAUAUCAAAACCAGUGACAAUCCUUUCACACAAAUACCAUCAUGUACCAAGAAACACAUGGCGUUGAGAAACGAUCUUCAAUACUCGGCAAAAUAUACAGAAUUAGACUCAUUAGAAGAUUCCACGAGGACUAACAUCAUAAAUGUCGUAGAUGGUAAAGUACUAGAGACAGGUUGUGUUCAGUCAGGCAGGUGUACACAUUCAGGCACAGUAGUCUCCCUUGUUGAUACUUCAUUUCGUAGGAAACGUGAUGACAGUGAUGACGUAAUGUUUACCGUAACGCUCACGUGCCAACCAACAUCAAGUAUAGAUGAAUGCAACAACUUGCUUGAAGACUUUGUUAUAAGUAUGGAACAGUAUAUAGACAAUAUGGAGUUCACUGUGCAGUACGACGGUGAAGACUAUAAUGUAGAAGUUAACAGUUCAACUAUAGAUGGGACGUCACACUGUUCGGACAGAUAUGUUCCAGUCAUGCAUUAUUGCAUACCAUGCGGUAAGGGGGCGUAUGCCUCAGACAAUUACUGUAAACUAUGUGACAGAGGGUAUUACCAAGACGAGAUUGGCCACGCCUCCUGUAAGGAAUGCCCGGAUGGUUAUACCACGAGGGGGUUGAUGACACGUGACCGAGAGCUAUGCAAUGUUACGGUUCCUGAAGAGGUUGAGAACAUAGAUUGGCAGUUGUUUACCCUGGCAAGUCUUGGUGGAGUGAUAGGUCUGAUCCUCCUGGUAGCUGCAAUGUACUUGCUCUGGGACAGGAAGUUCAAAAGACCAAAUAAAACAAAGGCCAUCUAUUGUGAAACGCCGGAACCAGUGACGCCCCCUCCAGUCAGAUUUAACCUAAAAAAUAAAUGGUAUACAGGAAAACCUAUCAGGAAAGAGAAAGUAUUGAGCCCAGAAAUUAACGAACCGAGCUUGGAAGACGAAGAUGAUUUAAGCUUUGAAGUUUUCAAAUCUCCCGGAACUCCAGAUGUAGACCUAUACUCUAUCGACGAUCUCCCCGAGACGCCGAUCUCAUACGGUCAAACGUCGCAACUGUUCCGUUACUCUUCACCUAUCCCUACAAAACAUAAUGCGUGGAAAGAGUAGAGUGAUUUCAUCAAAUCAGACAUACGGCAUGGAAGUGGUUUGGAUGUUGUCAUCAGUUCAGACAUAUGGCAUGAAUAUAUCUGAGUUCUUUAAAAAUACUAUUUAAAGAGAUAUGGCCAGGACAUGGCUUAAAUUUUAGCUUUCAUCAAAAUUGAUUUCACCAAAUAGGACAUGAAAGCGUCAGAAUUCAUCAAAUCAGAGAUGCAUAAAUAAUAUUUUUCGUCAAAUCAGAGGUACAAACGGAAGGAUUUGAUUAAAUUAGACAUGACGAGAAAAGCUUUAAUAAUUAUUGACAAUUGACAAAAAAAGAUUGAUUAAAAUUAGCAAUCGGUUAUUUGGUGUAAUUUCGUAAGAGAAAAU